CACUGUCAGUAAGACCUUGGUAAAGGUACAGGCGUUAGGUAUUGGAGGUAGGAAGCCGUGAUUACGACUAGAAGGAGUUCGUUAGAUACAAAGAAUGACACCAGCAGGAGGCCGUGAUCACGACUCUCCGCAAUGCAGUCGCGUGUCCUCAUAGUAAUCGCAAUGUGCCAUUCGAGCCUUCAGGUGAAGGCCACGAGCCGCGAUCGCAGCGCCGUCUUGGAGGUCGAGGCAGAUGGGAGCUUCGACAAAGGCGGGCCUAAGAAAGAUAGAACGCGAGUCUCUCACCAGGAAAUAUCGCAGCUCUCAACAAGGUCAUCCUCUCAUCUGGAAGCUCCGUCUUCAUUCGCUACACCGUCGUCUUCUUCUCGCCCGGAUGCGAGUCCGUCAGAAUCUCAACGACCGCACGGAGAUCCCGAAUUCCUAGAGACUGGUUUGCAUCUCUCAGAUGUCUCCGACGGGAAGCAGAAGUGUUACGGUUACCUGUACGACCCUACCAGUGGUGCCAAGGGAGGUAAGGGAGCCAUGUUAGCGAGGGUGAAUCCGCUCACAUGUACGAAGGGAGUUGACGCGGCAGGGUGCUUCAAACAAAGCAAUACUCACUGGGCCUCAACGAAAAACAAAGAAAUAUGCGUGUGGACAUUGCGUACGGGUUUUUAAUUUGCGUUGGAACCGUAGCUCUCCACCUAGAAUCCGUUCUGGUCGUGUUUUCUAAGUCUAUAACAUGACUCCAGAUCCAUCAUCGAUCAUCUGAGAGCCCCAUGUGAAAAUCGCACCCUCCAUUUCAUUUCAUCCCUCCCGCACGCAUACUACAGCCUGCACGUCGAUAUCCGACGUGAAGACCUUCUGUCCUAUCACGGAAAAGCUGGACGCCCUGGCGACAUCCGGCUGGACCGCGUGUAGCGACGAUAAAGAAUGUACCACAGAGAACGAUGCCCUAUGUUGCGACGCGCCUUCGUUAUAUCCGUUGAAUUCGUUGUGUCGUGUUGGAGAAGGUCCGAUCAAAGCUUCCGAUACCUAUUGUAACGAGAAAUUUUUGGCGAAGCACUUGCGAUGGCCUCCAGGUCAUGUCAACUACGUUGAAGCAGAUGAUGAUGCCGGUUCGUCUGCAAGUAGUGCGGCACAAAUUUUAAGGCGGAUUUUUAGAGGUUGGUUGCCCUGAAAGAAGAUACAGCCAUUAGUAUGGCUAUCACAACGGAACACUAGAUUCUACGAAGAAAAUGCAAAUGUUUGCCGUCUAAUUUCGAAAAUGCACGCAGGGCGAACAUUACGGAGAAGUGAAAAGACAAACCGAACAUCUUCAUCAAGUGGAAGAAGUAAAAGUUCUUCAACAUCUUCUCCAGGUUCAGCCUCGUCAUCACUAGCAGCACAAAGCACAGCCGCUUUACCACCCAAAUUCUCAACCGAUGCCAAGUAUCACGAAAGUACUGCGGACGUACUCAAAGAGGUACCGCACGAGAAUCAACCUGCCGUUGGGGAAGCAGUUGGUAUGGCGUUGGUGCUUUUAGUAUGAGAAGUUUUACAUUUACUACAGCUACUUGACAACUACAACUACUCCAGACUGUACACAGUGCCAGUUGUGCCAGUUUGCUAGUAAAUUGGCUGUUAUAUUAUUCGCGCAGACGCAAUAUCUUCUUGUUCUUCCGUUACUACUAGAUCUUGCGCUACGCCUUUCCAUAUACUUAAUUUUAAUCUCGCUUGUUCUUCUAAGACACCAAACUCAGACGGCAAUUGUCAGUUUCAAGUCGGCGACGCGAAGGAGACGAUGUACAUCUGUUACUUUCCGGUCGAUACGGACCCUGAAAUUACGAUAGGACUUUCUUAGAUUGUUAUACGAAGAUCUGAGUCCUCUCGUCAAAUCCGACACAGGGAAGAUGACUCUACUUCCUCUAAUACAAAGCGUGUGAGUCCUGCUUGGUGGCCAAAGGAGAACCAGGAUGAACUGUUGGCCCGUCUAAAGGUAGACCCGAUGGACCCGACGAUUAGAGACCUGGUUUUCAUAACCUUGGCAGUGGGGAUUGUUAUGAAGAUUUGAAUGAAUGAAGAGUUCUAGUUCUAGGUACUUAUCUUAAGAUGCCUUCUAGGUUGUACUCAUAAACUUAUCAUAUAUACAAGAGGAGGUAAAAUAAACUAUAGAAGAACAAGGUGGGUGACUAUAGACCACUAGUAGUAACCUCUCGUAUAGAUCAUGGUUCUUGGUAUUGUAGUUAUAAAGACUUGUCGUGUAAGUUCUCCUUUCUUCUUGGUCACUUUGACGUUGUUUCAUAAGCUACAAGAACAGUCUGACCAUGAUCUUAACACACCUCUAAAAGGAGACUAACAGCAAUCAUCUGCAGAGGUACAAUCUGUGCACCAAAGCCCCAACGCGUGAAUAACAGUGCAGUUGGUGGAGGGGCUGCUCUCGCAGAUCGUAUGCGCUUUCUGGAGGAACUUCAGACUUUAUGGUUGGAUCCGGACGUGAGGCACAAGCACAUUUGGAAAAAAAACACGUGAGAGGAUGAGCAAACGAUAGUGUCUUCUAAUUGAAGUUCAAGUUGUAAACUUUUGUUCCCACCAUGCAACUAAUUGAAGCUGGAAAUAUCCCACGUGAUGUCCUCUGUACCUGUAUAGUCCUCGCUCACCAGUUGUGGGGUCUCCUCUUCUGCUUUCUUCAUACCCCCAGCAAGCGAAGAACGCGAAUAAUCAACAGCAGCAGCAAACAGGAGGUGGUGGUCCGGAUCUGAUGGGCUUUCUUUUCUACAACUCAAACUCUUCUUCGUCGUCAACUUCAUCCUCGUCAAGAGACGAUCCCGAAUGGACAACUACUCCUGAAGAUGGAUGACGCUGAGUACGCGAGGGUUGAGAAACAGAAGCCGUUUGAUAGUGUUACAUGAUUAGAGAAAGAAGUCACGUUGUCCGAAGACGACUUGGAAAAUAUUAAUAUUUUUCACUCGUUCGAAGACCUACACGAAUUAUUAUAGUGGAUAUAGUUGUCGUGACCUGUGUAAUAAUUGAGGUACAAGAAGAAGAAGAAGCUGAAAUAAUAAAGUUAAAGGAUACAACUACAAAAAAAUGACGUUGAGAUUCUGACAUUUUUCUCUAUGACACAAGCAAGCUCAAUCAAACCCGCAUGAUGAAUAUAGAAUCGCAACAACGAUCCCGUAAAACGCGUUCUCCUCAGAACCACAGACCCAUCAAACUCGCCACCCUUGUUCCAGCAAAGCGAGCACCAGGAGGUAUUUUUCAGAUCAUUAUUUUCUUAGCACCAAUUGAAUUUCGGACUCUUUACAGGUUUGCGUUUGGCGGCCGCAGCAUGUCGCGUCUUCUGG